GCCAGGCUGCAGUUCGUCGUCGUUGCGCUGAGCAGAUCCCGAGGGAAAGCAAGAGAGUGCGCCGAGUGACCGUUACGACCAUCCUUCUUGUCCCUAUCCUUCGCUUUUUCUUCUCUCUUCAUCCGGCCUGUUGCGUCACCUGACAUGGUAGAAGCAAGCCGGCUGUCCUCGACGCCUGCUGCGACAUCACAACACCGCAGUUCCCGCAAUCGCUGUGCGGGUCGACUUGACCCCCGUGUUCUAGCCCACAAUCAGUCGCCAUUCUCGCACUCAUUGCAAAAGUCCUGGAACUCUGCCGCAAAAUGGUGAAAAAAGUCACUUAUUCGCGGCGCAAACCCGACAAGCGGCGCUUUCCCUUCGACUUUGAUGACGCCCAGGAAAACGACAACGGCCGCAAGCGCGCCAAGGCAAAUGACAAGUCCGCUGGACUGCAGUCUCCGACGCCGGCUUCGAGUGGGCAUGUGAAGCGGUCAUCUGUGUCGAAGAAUGGCGCUUUUGGCGGGCCUGUCUCCAUACCGGAAGACGCAGAUGUUGACCCUGCACCGCACAGCGGCAAAAGACGCUCUGUAUUCGACAAGGUUCUGGGCGAAGGGAGAUGCCAAGCCCCAAAGCCAGACGAAGAUAGCCUGCGGGCCAACAAGCAGCAGUUUGCGGAGAUUUUGAAGAUUGGGCAGAGAUCCAAAGAGGCCAACGACCGGAAUAGGAAACGCUAUCUGCCUACACCGCCUGCCGAGACGCAAAAGGCUCCUCAGGAAGACGAGGCUGUUGUGCGGCUGAACGGAUACGCAGACAAGAGCAAGUCGAUGCCUCCUGAGCCAUCAGCUACCACUUCGAGCCAGACACCGCAGCCCCUGGAACAGGCCCUCAGGAACGAGCCCCCCAGAGAGCCAUAUCAGCCGAGGGCUUACAAAGCCGUGCAGACGGCUGCGCCAAGGCGAAUCAUUGACGGAUGUCCGCUCUCGAGAAAGUCAUGCGAGGCUCAGAAAUGGUCGACCAAUCAGGCCAGCUCGCCGUUGCUGCAGCUGCCUCCAAAUGUGCGGGAACUUAUCUACAAGUACACGCUGGGGGGUAAAACGAUCAAUAUCAACUACGAGACAUACCGCAUCGCUUUGGACCCUACUAGGCCCAAGGUGCCGCGGCGGGUCACGCCCAUGUUCCGGUACCAUUGCACCGUCAUUGACGGCAAGAUGAAUCCUUUUCUCGCGGCUGCUAAGCCGUACAUUAAGACGCAAAACAGCUUUACCUUGUUGAACAGCACAUGUCGGCAGCUAUAUGUAGAGACGGCGAGCCUGCCGUACAAGCUCAACGUGAUAUGCUUUGGCUCGCACAACAUCAUGGUCAACUUUCUGCUCAUGGAGAAGCGACUGUCUCGUCAACAGCUCGAUGCCUUCACACAGCUGCUGCUCCCGGACAACCUACCUGGACCGGCCAUGCUCGCGUCUCUCCGGAACCUGGAGAAGGUGUAUCUUAUAUAUCAACAGACGGAGACGGCCCAAGGCUGGUAUCAUGUUGACCGGAAGGAAGGCGAGGAGCCAAGUCUGAGGCCCAUUUUAAAGGGACGCGGAUCGUAGGUCACGGGCGUGGGCUGGAGGAUAGUGGGUGGAGAGGGCUCACCGGAGCACAAGGCAUUCUCCGCGUGUGGUUUGUUUUGCACAUGGCAUUUGUCGGCGGCAUAGGUAAUACCCGG